CAUAGGUCCCAGGCGUGGGGAGCGGCGCCCAAGAGGCUCAGUCCCGGCUGGGAGGACGUCUGGGGUUGCUGAUCCGAGGCUGCUGGGCACCCGGAGUUCCCACGGUCCUGCUGUCGUGCUGUGGCCUCCCACCUCCGCCGCGGUCACCCGCCGCAGCUGCUGUGGUGGACGCUGGGGUGCAGAACCAUGUGGGAAGCAGCUAUAUUGCUCAGCCUGGUCCUGGGUGCUGGGGCACUGCCCUUCGGUGUGAAUGAUCCUGAGGAUGGGGGCAAGCACUGGGUGGUGAUUGUCGCCGGCUCCAACGGCUGGUAUAAUUACCGUCACCAGGCAGACGCGUGCCAUGCCUACCAGAUCAUUCACCGAAACGGGAUUCCCGACGAGCAGAUCAUCGUGAUGAUGUAUGAUGACAUCGCCAACUCUGAAGACAACCCCACUCCAGGUAUUGUGAUCAACAGGCCCAAUGGCACGGAUGUGUAUAAGGGAGUCCUGAAGGAUUACACCGGCGAGGACGUUACUGCACAAAACUUCCUCGCUGUGCUGAGAGGGGACGCGGAAGCUGUGAGGGGUAAAGGGUCUGGAAAAGUCUUGAGGAGCGGCCCCAAGGACCACGUGUUUGUUUACUUCACUGACCACGGAGCCACUGGGAUGCUGGUGUUUCCAAAUGAUGAUCUUCAUGUCAAGGACCUGAACAAGACCAUUCGCUACAUGUACGAACACAGAAUGUACCAGAAGAUGGUGUUCUAUAUUGAGGCCUGUGAGUCUGGCUCCAUGAUGAACCACGUGCCCCAUGACAUCAAUGUUUAUGCAACGACUGCUGCCAACCCUUCUGAGUCAUCGUACGCCUGCUACUAUGACGACAAGAGGGGGACAUACCUGGGCGACUGGUACAGUGUCAACUGGAUGGAAGAUUCAGACACGGAGGAUCUGACCAAAGAGACGCUGCACAAGCAGUUUCUGCUGGUGAAGUCCCACACCAACACCAGCCACGUCAUGCAGUAUGGAAACAAAUCCAUUUCUACCAUGAAGCUGAUGCAGUUUCAGGGUACGAAGCACAGAGCCAGUUCUCCCAUCUCUCUGCCUCCAGUCACACGCCUUGACCUCACCCCAAGCCCUGAGGUGCCGCUGGCAAUCAUGAAGAGGAAACUGAGGAGCACCAAUGAUGCAAGGGAAUACCAGCUGCUCAGCAGGCAGAUCCAGCACCAUCUAGACGCCAGGCACCUCAUCAAGAAGUCCAUGCAAAAGAUUGUCUCCUUGCUGGCAGGGUCUGAGGACCUGACCAAGAAGCUCCUGUCGGAGAGAGCCCCGCUCACAGAGCACGACUGCUACCAGGCGGCUGUGACCCACUUCCGCACACACUGCUUCAACUGGCACUCCGCUACGUACGAGUACGCCUUGAGACAUUUGUACGUGCUGGCCAAUCUCUGUGAGAAGCCAUAUCCUUUGGACAGGAUAAAGUUGUCCAUGGACAAGGUGUGCCUUCAUUACUACUGAACAGCUGCCUUCGUGAUGAUUCUCCAGGGCGAACACCGACCAGAGACUGAAGAGGUGGGGACAGGCAGCCCUUGUGGCCCGGCCUCCCAGGAAAGCAGUCAGGCCACUUUGGGGCCUCACCUGACUUUCCCCCACAGGUUGCCUACCUUUAGCAAUUUUCCCGUCUUCUGCAGACCCAGUGUGUGCAAACCUCCAAGGAAAAUAUAGUUUAUAUUAAAUAUAGGGGUGGGAGAGCUGUGGAGAAAGGAGCACCUGCUUCUUAGGAUUUUAUUUUGCUCAGUGGCUUUCUGGAGAAAGAAGGUCGCCAGGGCUUCCGUAGUCGGCAAAAACGCAUCUUUGUUCUGAGAAAUUAGAAGUUGAAAUCGCUAAGUUUAAAGUGAUUUUUCUUGAAGAAGGCUAUAACCCCCACAGGGAAAAUAAAUAUUUUUAGAAAAUAUAAUUUUUGAUUGCUUUUAUAUUCUGCAAUAAUGGAUGUCAUUAAAAAAUAAAAAUAAAGAUGUAUAAGUGAA